AUGUCUAAUGAAGGAGAAGAUAUUGAUAUGGAUGAAUUUAAUGAUGUAGAUGAUCAUAUUAUACUAGAAUCAGAAUCAACAACAACCAAUAAGGAACAAUCAAAGGAAGAAAAAUCAAAACAUCGUCAACAAUCUUUAUCAGCUCAAGCUCAAUCUAGUGCACAAGCUGCUGCUACUAUAAUACCAGAUUUACCAGAUUUAUCAAGAAAAGAUAAAACUUUAAAAGAAGUACUAGAUAUGAUGGAUGAUGAAUUUUCUCCAAUAAUACCUGAUGCUGUAACUGAUUAUUAUUUAGCUAAAAAUGGUUUUGAAACUUCUGAUAUUAAAAUUAAGAGAUUAUUAGCUUUAGCUACUCAAAAAUUUAUUAGUGAUAUUGCUCAAGAUGCUUAUGAAUAUAGUAGAAUUAGAAGUUCAACUGCUGUUUAUAAUUCAUCAAAUCCACAAGUUAGAGCAAAACAAUUAUUACAAGGUCAACAAUAUGCUCAUCAACAAAGUUUAGCUGAUACUGAAAGUGGAGAACUGCAACAAGCUCAGCAAUCCCAUUCAAAUGCUGGUAAUCAACAUGGGAAAAUUGUUUUAACUAUGGAAGAUUUAAGUAAUGCUUUAAGUGAAUAUGGUAUAAAUGCUACAAGACCUGAUUUUUACAGAUAA